CCAUAAAUCUUUUGACAUCUUGGAUCAGCUGUUUGGUCGGUAGAACAUAAAACGGAGCUAUGAAUGAACAGCAGUGAAGAAGGGCUACAAAAAUAAAGAGACAGCGAAAGGGGAACAGUGUCAUGAUGGUGCUCGUAUUGAUUGUCGCAGGUCUUGGGGUGGUCGCAAUGCUUAUGGUUUUAUUCGCACCCCACAUUAGGAAAUACUCAGCAGGUGGAGCAUGUAUGUCUAUGGCUCGGCUGGAUGGGAAGACAGUCCUGAUUACUGGCGCCAACACUGGUAUUGGGAAGGAGACGGCCCUGGACCUGGCUAUCAGAGGUGCGAGGGUGAUCAUGGCGUGCAGGGAUGUGGAGAAAGGUGAGGAGGCUGCAGCAUCUAUACGACGCGUCUACUCCACCGCAAACGUAGAGGUCCGAGAGCUAGACCUGGCUGAUACCAGCUCCAUACGGGCCUUCGCACAACGCUUCCUCCGAGAGGUCAACCACCUCCACAUCCUGAUCAACAAUGCUGGGGUCAUGAUGUGUCCCUACAUGAAGACCAAGGACGGUUUCGAGAUGCAGCUGGGGGUCAACCAUCUGGGUCACUUCCUGUUGACGUACCUCCUGAUUGGCCUGCUAAAGCGGAGUGCUCCAGCCCGCAUCGUCGUGGUUUCUUCCCUGGCUCAUAACUUUGGCUGGAUACGCUUCCAUGACCUCCUCAGCCAGGGCAGCUACAACAGCGGCCUCGCAUACUGCCAGAGCAAGCUGGCCAAUGUCCUGUUUGCUAGGGAGCUGGCCCGCAGACUCAAAGGUUCCAGUGUGACAGUGAACUCUGUCCACCCGGGGUCGGUGCGUUCGGACCUGGUUCGCCACUCCACCAUCAUGUCUCUGCUGUUCUCUCUGUUUUCCAUGUUUCUGAAGAGCCCUCGGGACGGGGCCCAGACAUCCAUCUACUGCGCUGUGGCAGAGGAGCUACACUCUCUCACUGGGAAACACUUCAGUGACUGCGCCCCGGCCUUCGUGGCGCCCCAGGGGAGGAAGGAGGAGACAGCCAGGAAGCUGUGGGACGCCAGCAGUGAGCUCCUGGGCAUUGUCUGGGACGACUGAUCUGAACCACCCUGUUAUUACUAUCCACUGCUUGCAUCCCCAAGUGCACCCUAUUCCCUUUUAUAGUGCACUACUUUUGACCAGGACCCACAACCUUGUUCCCUGUCUCAAUUGCUUCCGCAUAGGAAAGAGCCAGCUAGUAGAUGAAAUUAGGGGCCACAGGGCUCUGGUCAAAAGUAGUGAACUAUAGAUUAGGGCUCAUACUAUAUAUAAGGUGCCAUUGGUGACGCAACUAUGCUCUCUGUUCUCAAAUCAUUAUCAUUUCAUGACAUUUAAUUAACCUCAAACUACAGUUAUCCCAACGGAACUUGAGGAAUUGGGUAGGAACCAUAAAGGAAUGAAAGAUGACAUAAUGGCACGGAGAUGAGUCCUCUAUCUAUCUCUAUGGUAGUAACUGUAAAAUUAUCAUUUCAUGACAUUUAAUUAACCUCAAACUACAGUUAUCCCAACGGAACUUGAGGAAUUGGGUAGGAACCAUAAAGGUAUGAAAGAUGACAUAAUGGCACAGAGAUGAGUCCUCUAUCUAUCUCUAUGGUAGUAACUGUAAAAUGAGUCCUCUAUCUAUCUCUAUGGUAUUAACUGUAAUAUCAAAUGCAUUACUGUACUGUGAAGGGUCUAGCCAGGGCAUAACCAGGUCUAGCCAGGGCAUAACCAGGUCUAGCCAGGGCAUAACCAGGUCUAGCCAGGGCAUAACAAGGUCUAGUCAGGGUAUAUUACAAACCAUUUGUUUUAGUUUGUUUUGUAUCUUAUUAUAUUCUAAACCUCCAUGUAGAUUCAGCUUUAUGUUUGGUUGCUUUUAACUUGCCUUUUCUAAACCAUUGCAAGCUGUUAUUUUCCCUCCUGUUUCUUUCAUCUUUUCCUCCAUUUCUUUCCCCCUCAGCAUUCACCACAUGUGAAACUGCCAAGAUUGUCUUUUAUACAAAUGUGAAACAUGCCUUUUUCUACAUUUAGGGUUGGAAGAUUCCAGAAAUUAUGAAGGAACAGAAUAGGAAAUCUGGGAAUCCUCCAACCAGGAAUUCUGGAAUUUGGGGAAAUUUUCCAGAAAUGUGCAACCCAACUACAUAGUAGUCAUGUCAGGAGUUGAAUGUUUACAUCUACUGUAAAUAAAGAUCAAAUGUUACUA